AUGUCUUCCGAUAGACUCCUCAGAACCGUCUUGCAACACUACCAAGACGUCCACGAUGCCGCCAAGACGGAGCAGAUCAUCGGGUCGACGACGCACCUCCUCACCGAGCUUACAAACCCUCUGAACCUCGGCCUCUUGACAUCGCAGCUCCUUACGGCGCCAGCGAUCUGGUUCCAGCCCGGCGGACUUCGAACCUCUACCCGAAUCAUCAGCAUCUACAACACUGCUGCCGCGCGCAUCCACAACUAUGAAAUCGCAAAGACGAAGCGCAACGAGCCUCACGAGGGCGGCGGACUGCGAUGCGAGGAGUGGACAAGGGCCGUUGUGAAGGGCGCGGACGAUCGAUCGAGGCGGUGGCAGCAUCUUCUCGUUCUCACAGGUGUGCUUAUGGGCAUGGAGUCUAAUAACCGCCAGUCCUUAUCGCGCAGCUUGAGGAAUACACUUGAAGAGGCAGUGGUGAUGGCAGCGAACCUGGCGCUUGAUACCCGCGAGGAGGACGGUCCUGUGGCAGGUGCCUCGGUUGUUAUGGCUCUCAACUUUGCCUUCCCAUUGCUGUCCGACUUCCACAAGAGCCUCAUCAACUGCAAUGCCAUGCUGCCUCUCAUUGUGUGGGCUGUAACCGCUGAGGAGGGCUUUGCCGAUGGCGAGUUCCUCAUCCCAAUCAGCACCGAGAUUGUGGAAUCCCCAGCCCAUCUGCUCGCCUGGUCGCCAACAACGCCUUCGUUCCGCCAUAUUCAAGAACUGGAUAGGCGUCCCACCUUGGCCAACAUGGGUCCGUUGGCCAAGCUUGCCGGUUUCGCCAUUCAGCAUGCAACCGACACUGCGGCCGUCCUUGCUGCUCAGGAUGGCCUCGUUGCCUUUACCAGCAAGGUCUUGAAGACCUGGCAAACGAACCGACUGAGCGAUAUAGACCCAGCGCUGGAGGGCAACGUGCUUACACAGGAGACUCUGACAAGCACGUGGUCGGUGCUCUGGAACCUCAUGAGGAAGCUCAUGUUCGGGACAGUUGCUAUACUUCAAGCGAUUGUGUCACGAAGUCUUCUUGAUCCCCUCAUGCUGAACGAUGUGGCGGCUCCCGUCAUUGCAACCAAAUCACUGCACAUUCUGCGCAACAUAUUCUUUAUCUCUUCAAGGAACGGCAACAACGCUUUCCAGGUGUACAACUUUACAUACCUGACGUCAAUCGACUCUAUCUCUCGGAGCGCGUCUGCCUGUUACAUGUUUCUUCAGGAGACUCGACCGGAAGAGAACGCCUCGACAGAAACCACAUACCUGCAGAGAACCUUGGAUCUGUUCUACCUGAACCUAUCUGAGCAUCUUCCCCUCACUCUAUCGACAGAUGCAUGCGAUGCCCUCAUCAUCAAGCCGGCAAUCGCAUAUAUCUCCCAUGAAGGACCGACAACACAGUCCAUGGUGCAGUUGUUUGAGUCUGCUCACAGUGCCAUCCUCUCGACCAUCUCUUGCCCUCAGCAUAGUCCUCUCACUAUCGAGCUCACGCCAUUCUAUAUUGCCAAGCUGUUUGACUCUUUCCCACGACACAUUUCCUCACGUCAGUUCAGAGUGGCCUUCAAGACUGUGAUGCAGAUUGUAUCACCCCCCUUCCCCAUUGCCGACAUGGAGCCGCAUCUCUCAGAGACCUUGCUUGAGAUGCUCCGGUCUUUUAUUACAACGGCAUCAACCAGCCCUCUUCCUCCUACAGCGGACGUUGUAUCACGGGCGGCCAUGGAGGAAUCACAAGAAGAGCCCCUAUCUCAACAGAGCUCACUGACAUUGGCACUGGUUGACUCUCUACCAUACCUUCCCCUUCCUCUAGUGGAAGAGUGGUUUACGGUUACUGCUCAGGCAAUGAAUGAAAUUUCGGAUCCCACACUACGAGAACCCGUCAAGCAGCGGUUCUUGGAGAUCCUCGUGAGCGGAGAAUUAGAUGUGGAGCGAGCAGCUAUUGGAGUAGCUUGGUGGGGGACUCAGGGAGGCCGAGAGCUCAUCCUUGCCGGCAAGACGGAGCCGGCCAUGAUGAGCGGUGCUCUUGCCGGCCCCGAGAGAUCAAGCAAGCUAUAA